AAUAAUGUCUCGGAUAAGAUUACGAAAAUAACAUCUUUCGAUUGUAGAGACAACAAAUAAUAGUGAAUAUAUAUAUAACACAGCAAAAAAAAAACGCAUAUUAAUUGCAUAUGCACCGAAUAAUCCUCAGUAUAAAGACUAAACUUUAUCUCUGGAAUAAACUAUUCUUAUUAUUACUAUAAUGGAAGUAAAUAGAUGUCGGGCGUGCUUUUUAGAAAAAGAUAUAGCAGAUCUUUGUGAUUGGUAUUUAACAAUGGAAGUAGGUGAUCCUUUGACAUAUCUGGAAUGUUUUCAAAUGUGCACUCAAUUGGAUGUAAACAAUGGAAAUGAUACAUCACCUUGUUUUAGGAAUAUGCAAUACUUGUGUCAGGACUGUAUUCAAGAAUUGAAGAUAUCUUACCGAUUUCUACGAAAAGCACAAAGAUCUGCUAAAAAAUUAUGUUUUCUAUUAGAAAGUAAAGAUGAUGUGUCUAGUAUGAUAAAAAAUACAUUUGAAUAUGUAAACAUACAGGAGGGUCCUCUAGGAGACGAACACAUAAGCAUAUCUCAAAAGAAUCAACAAACCCAAAUUGACAACAUCGAUGAGGAGAUUCCUUUAUUAAACCUUUAUGAUAUGGCGUGUAGAAAACAGGAGCAAACAAUACAUCUAGCUAAAAACAAAAAGGAAGGCUCAAAAUAUAAGAGCGGUAAAACUGAUGGAGAGAACAAACAAAUUUCAUGUGACCAUUGCAAAAAAAUGUUUCCGGCAAAUAAAUUAAAACAGCACAAGUCCCGGUAUCAUAGACCAAAGAUUUUUCUUUGUGAUAAUUGCCCAAGUUCUUUCAGUAUUGCAAAUAACUUACGGCGACAUCAACGCACACAUGACACGAAUCGUGAACGAAAUUUUUCUUGUAGCGACUGUGGCCGUACAUUUUUUACGGAAGACGUUUAUAGAACUCACAUUAAAAUACACCAAACAUCACGGCGAGCAAAAUUCGAAUGUAAUCAAUGUGACAAAACAUUUAUGCAUAAGGGUAGCCUCACGUUACACAUUCAAAAACACAUGGGCCCAAAAAACGAGUGUAAUAUUUGUCAGAAACGUUAUGUUCGAAAAAUUGACUUGGACAUUCACAUGCGUAAUCAUUCCGGCGAUUUGCCAUAUAAGUGCUAUAAAUGCGACAAAGCCUUUAUGACAACCAGCGCUUUGAGAAAGCACGAAGUGCUUCACACUGGUGUGAGAUAUAAGUGCGAUAUCUGCAAUAAGGAGUAUUCGCAUCCCUCGAAACUAACUCGUCACAUCUUAUAUCAUACUGGCCUGCCCUUAAAAUGUGCAUUGUGUAACAAAGGAUUCGCUGAGCCAAAUAAGAUACGAAGGCAUAUCCGCAGUGUUCAUAAAUUGGAAGACGUUUCCCGAGUAAAUGAACUUACAAUUAAAGUUGAAAAAAAUGAUAAACAACCAAAAUAGAAUUGAAAUUCUUAUACAUUUAAUUUGUGAUCCGCAAUCUUAUAU